AUGGAAGUGACUACAUGUUCUUUGAAUUUUGUAAAAAAAAUAUGGCAGAUUAUACAUAAGGAUAAAAUUACUCAACUGAUAACUUUUAUUUUCAAAAGACUAAGUUCAAAUAGAGGAUUAUGUCUUAAAAUGUAAUAUGAACUAAUUUUAAGCUGUAUUCCACCCAUUGACUUUAUAAUUUUAGCUAACCCACGACAAAAAUACCGAAAAAUAUGCCAUAAUUAUUUUCCAAAAAAAGUGAAUAUCGACAAAGUUUUUAAAAGUUUUUUCAAGAAAAGGGAAUUUUAAGCUAGAAAUUGUGGGGUUGGCAAUGAAAAAUAUUCUUCAAGUAAUUUUAAGAUGUCAAAUAAAAAGUGAUUAAUUCUUUGUAGUUUAAUUACAUUUUUGGAGAGUUACAAAAGAGCACUAGAAAAUUGAAUUAAGUAUUUUAUAUAUUAUUAUUAAAAAUAAAAAAUGAAUUAACAAGCCAGUUUAGAAAUUUAAAAGAAAUGUAAAACAUAUUUUAGUACCCAGAAAUUCUUGGUAUCUAAAUCUAAAUUCCUAAUUGGAAUUCCAAAAAUGAUUCAAAAUAAUGUUUAAUUGAGAGGAGGCGGAAUUUGUAACUCAAAAGGGUAUAAAGUUCCAUAGUUGGAUUAAAAGAUUGUAAAAAAGAUUGAAAUUCCAGAUUAAUUUCUUACACUUUUAGAUUAAUAAUCCUAAAGAAUUAUUUAAUAAAAUUUAUCAAAUUUUAACUUAAACGAUUCCUUAUUAUCAAUUCAAUGGUUUGUUUAUAAUCAAUAGCAUUUUAAUUCAAUAUGCUUUGAUGAUAGAGCAAUUUAAACAGCAUAUAACUAAAUAGAAUAUACAAUAGAGCAAUUCUUAAAAGUAAUUCCAAUUUAUAUUAAAUAAUCUGGAAUUUUAGCAUUAAAUUUAUUACAUAUUGUUAAUGAUUUAUUUCGAAUCAUUUUUACCUAUUAGAUUAAAUUUACAACACAUGUCUUUAUAGAAUCAAAAAAAAUGCAAUUUUAAGUUUAUAUUGAAGAAAUUAAUAUAGAGUUUGAGUAAUAAAAGCUGAAUGUAUGGAGUACUGGAAUUGAAUAUGAAAUAAAGUUGAUUAAGACAGUAUUGUCUCAUUUAAGAACAAAUUUUAAUGAUUAGGUACUUGCACUUUCCACAUUGUACGAACUCUUCUCAAGUUUUGUAUCAAUGAAAAUAAGUGAUUAAUUGAUAUCUAAAUUAGUAACGGCAGGGAAAAAAUUUUUGCCAAGUUUAUAUGAUUAGUAUUAUGAUAAUCCAUUAAGUAGAUACACUUGCUAUUAUUAUUUUGAAAAUACAAGAUGGGCUAUCAUAAAAACAUUAGAAUAAGAACUAUCAGUCAAGUUAACGAGUAUUGAAUUAUCCAAAGUUUAUAAUUAAUAUAUCUUAAACUCUGAGGAUUGGACAAUCCAUUAUUGUUGGUUAAAUAUGAUUUCUGAUUUGCUUUCAUAUAGACCAAUUAAAUAAUUGGAAAUAUCAAAUGAUUACAACCAUCUAUAAGAAGAUAAAUAUAUAUUUAGGCUGCCUUAUAAUAAAUAUGAAGCUAAAAUCACAUUAUUUUAGGAUCAUUGUGCUUUAAAAUCUGAAAAUUUGAUAAACAAUUUAAAAGUUUAAGGAUUUAGACAUCUUCAGCAAUUUUCAGAAUGGCUGUUAUAAAAAAAUUUAGAAUAAUAAUAGAUUAACAAUAAUUAAUCAAACAAAUCAGAAAUGAUGCUUUGGAAUUAUUAUCUGAAUUUCGAAUUCAAACAAAAUAACAAACCUAAAAACUAUUUUGAUGAAUUUAUUCAAACUUUAUUUUGUAAUAAAAUGAUGAUAAAAAUUAAGUUAUUUAUAUAACUCUAUGAGAUGUACAAAAAAUAGAUGAUCUAAAGUUAUUAAGAUAAAUAGGAUUCAUUUUAAGUUUUAUAAUCCAAUUCAAACUCUACAGUGUUAUUAAUAAAUAUGGAAAUAGAUAAUAUUAAAUAAUUAUUACGAUAAUGUUUGAGAGGAUUUUAAUAGAUAGUUUAUUUAUUAUUUUUAAUAGAUUAAGGACUGAAUUUAGAAGUUUUAAGAAUAGAUGAAUUUUUAAAGCUAAUAAAUGAUUCAUCUUAAGAAAGUUAAAAGAAAUAUUAAAAAUAAAUUGAAUAAUUCAGUAAUAAUUAUGAUAAACUUAAAAUAUUCAUUAAUUAUGAUAUUAGAAAGAUAUUUAAAAAUAUUAUUUAAUCUUAGGCUGAAUUAAUGAAAGAGAUUUGUGAAAAUGAAAAUUAAAUAACUGAAUAUCGAAGUAAUGAAACUAAGAUAUAGUUUUAGGAUAUUUGUUUUUUUAAAUAAGAAGAAAAAGAUAAAUUAGAAAUUGCAAAUAGCCUUACAAAGGUAAUCAGUGAAAUUUAAAACCUAAAAAAAGAUGCAUUAGAGUUAAAAAAUAAUUUAGAAUUUAAUAAUUUCAACAAUUAUCAUUUCAAUAACAAAGAAUUUAUAGAAUUAAUAUAAAAGUUUUAUAAGGAUAAUAUUCUCGAAUUUUAUAUUUAAUAGAUAGAUGAAAAAAAAGAAAUAAUUAAUCAGUUAGCUUAAGGAGAUGAGAAAAUUAUUGAAGAUAUAUCAGGCAAAUUUAAAUUAUUCCAUUUUUUAAAAAGUGCAUUUAAAAAACUAUUAAAACUUCAUAUAUUUUAAUUAACAUUAUUUCAAGGAGCAAUAAACUCUUUAAAUAUUAAUGAAGAUAGAAAUAAUCAUGUUGUAUAGAAUAAAAUGGAGAUAUUUUAAAAAGAAGUUAUUUAAACUCUGCAAAAUUUACUAUAGUCACCUCAACUUAAACAAUUAUUUAAUAGCUAAACUAAUGAAAAGGAAAGCUCAAAAAUAUCAAAGUCUUUAGAGAUUUUAAUACAACAGAUUGGUCAGGAAUAAAUUAUAAUCUAGUAAAACUAUGGUUAAAAUGAUGAAAAUGUAAAUAAAUACAUAUCAUCUUUGAAAGAUAUUGAGAUUAAAUUAUUAAAAGUUAAAAUCUCUUAAAAUUUUGUCAAGGAAGAUUUUGAUGAGAUCUCAAAGUAAAUUAGUAAUUGUUUAACAUCAUAAUAAAAAUCAUUGGAAAAAUAAUAAAUAGAAAGAAAUAAAUUGAAUAAGAAAAAGUUGAAUAUUGAUAUUUUAUGUAAAGAUGCUGAAUAAAAACUGAACGAUUUGAAAAAUCAAAUGAAAAAAUAUAUAAAAUAUAAAGAUGAAAUAUAAUUAGCGAAAAAAGAAUAAAAUAAUAUAAACAAAAUACAGAUAGAAUCUAUGUUUGAAUGCUAUUUUAAUGAUUUCAACAAAAUUAUAAAUCAAGAAGAGCAAAAGGAAUAUACUAUUUUUUAAGAUAAAAAGUUUAAUAUAAUAUAUUUGAAUAAAUUUGAUUAAAAUGAGGAAAAAAAUUAUUAAAAGGUUAAAAUAUAUGAACUUUUUUAGGAUUGUUAACUUUGUAACAUAGAUAUAAAAAAUGAAAUGUUAACAACAAAAAUAAAAAUAGAUAGUUCUUUUUAAUUUAUACUAGAUGAAUUAGAAAAUGUUAGUAAAGUUAAGAUAAAAAAUUCAUUUUUCGAUAAGAUCAAAAAUUAAAUUUUUGAUAGAUUUAAAAGUUAAUCAUAUAAAGUAAGGGAAUGCUUAUUAUAUAAUUUAGAAAAGAUACAAUCAAAGGUUUAGGAGAAGAGGAUUAUUUUAUUUUGUUAAUAAUUAAUAAAAGAGAUGUGGAUUUCAGAAAAGAAUGCUAAUGUUAGACAAUUACUUAAAAAUAAAGAGAUGAUUGAAACUCAGAAGAAAAUAUUUUCUGUUGACAUUCAAUAGUUUUCUAAUUAAGUUGAAAAUGAAUUCAAAAUAAAAAUCUAAUAAAUAGAAUAGUUAGAAUAAUAAAUUAGAUUGGAAGGUAAAUCAGUAGAAGGAGAAUAGUUAGAAAAAUAAUUAAACUAAGAAUUUUUAAAAUUUGAAGAAAGUUUUGAUAAUAUAAGUGAAAUGUCUAAUAAACUUGAUUUAAGUUUAAUUUUCCUUAAAGAAAUUGUUAAAGAUUUAAAAUAAAUAAAAAGCAGUAUAGAAAAGUUGUAAGAUACUAUAUAAAUAAUCGGUAAUGAUUUAAGAAAACUAAGAGGUAAAAAAUUUUAUGAAUUAUUAAAAAUAAGAUAAAAAAGAAUUAUAGCAUAGCGGAAAACUUACUCUUUUGAUUCUAUAUAUAUAGAAUUAAUUACAAAAGAAUAUAAUCCUGAAACUGGAGAUGAAAUUCCAACUCAAAAUUAAAAAUCAUUUUCAACUCUCUUAUCAGAAAAGACAGAGGAUUAUGAUCCUGAAAUUAAUGAAUUUUUAUGGUUUGAUAAAAACAAAGACAAAGAUGUAUUAUUAUUGAGAGGUUAAGCUGGUUCAGGUAAAAGUAGAGCUGCAACAAAAAUUGAAGAAGUACUUUGGUACAUAAAAGAAAAAGUAAAACCUCAUUGGACUCCUAUUUAUAUAUCUUUACCAGGAUUAAAAGAUCCUAUACAUAAUUUAAUAGCAGAAGCUUUAAGCUCUGAAUAUUAUUAAUUUGAUAAUAAUUAAAUUAAAGAAUUUAAAGAAUCUAUAUGUAACGGUACUUUAAAUUGUGUUUUUAUUUUGGAUAGCUAUGACGAAAUGAAAUAAAAAUUUAUUCAAGAAAACUUAUAUACGACUAAUAAAUUAAAAUCUGAAUUCAAUAUUAUGGAACCAGGAAAGAAAAUAAAAAUAAUUAUAACUACAAGAAAUGAAAUAUUGACUUAUAAAGGAUAUCAAAAAUAGUUUUAAGGAGAACAUUUAAAAUAUUUAAAAGAAGUUGAGAUAUAACCUUUUGAGGAUGAAUAAAGGGAUUAAUAUAUUAAAGAAUAUUGUUAAUUAACUGUCAAAAGAAUGGUGAAAAUUUUUUAUGAAUAAGCGAAGUUACUUUAAGGAUAGUUAUCUAAUAUAGAUGAAUUAUUGAAAAUAUGGGAAAAAUUAAACUAAAAAGUAAUGUAGAAAUUAAUAGUUGAUGAUUAAGAUUCUAUUUUACAAAAGAUGCAAAUAGAAAAAAUUAUAGAAAUUUUAAAAAUGGAACCUUGUUUCUAGUAAAUUAGUGAAGAGCUAUAUGAAGUUUUAAGAAAAGAUUUAAGUGAACUAUGGAAUUAUUAGAAAUUUAAAAAAACAAUUGAGAAUUUAUAAAGACAGGAAUUAAUGUAGACACCAUUUAUGAUGUCAAUUGUUGUUUAAGUUCUUCCUGGAAUGAUAAAUUAAUCAUAUAAGAAUCAGAGUCAAUUAAAUACUUUUUAAAAAAAUUAUAUGAAAUUUAAAUUACAUAAGUUAAAAUCAAUAUAAUUUUAACUGAAACAAAAUUAAUAAAAUAAAGAUGUAAUAGAAGCUUCAAAAAGUUAUUCUCAAUAAAAUUAAGGGCCUCAAAAUAAUUUUUUUGAAGAAAUGUAAGAAUAAAUUAAAAUGGAAACUGAUUAAAUAAUUAAAAUUUUGGAAGAUAAAAAGUUUUUUUAAAUUUAUUCAUUGUCAGAUAAAUUGGAGUACAAUUAAACAAAAAUAAUAUUGAAUAAUAAGAUAGAAAUUGAAAUUGGAGAAAAUGUUGAUUUUGUAGUAAAAGUAUUAAAAAUGAAUAAAAAAAUGAAAGUUACUGAUUUUUAUGAAUAUUUUGUCUAAUUUUAUCAUGAAUAAUAAUUAUAAAAAUGGAGAGAUAUUGGUAAAGCAUAAAAUUAUGAAGGAUUACUUGUAGAUUUGUAAGACUUUUCUGAAUCUCUUGCAUUAGAAAUGACAAUGUAUCAAUAAAUUUAAAUUAAUUAUAAACCUAAAGGAAAAUUAAGCAUUAAAAAGAUGUAGAAUCAUGGCCUAGAAAAUGAAUGGGAAGAUUAAUAUUUUAAUAACCUUUUAGGAGAAUAAGAAUAUAAUAAAGUCUUAAAAAGUUGUGUUUUAUUAAUUGCUAAAGGAAGUGCUUAUUCUUUUUUGCAUAAAUCAAUCUAAGAAUAUUUUGUUGCAAGAUAUUUAUAUAGAUUCAUAAAUGAAAUCACAAAUUAAAAUGCCAAGAAUUUAGAUCAACUUUUAAAAGAAUGUUUACUUAAUAAUUAAAAUUUUAAUUUAUCUUACAUCUAAUUUUAUGGUUCAAUCACUCUUAUGAAAAUCUAUAUUGAAAAUAAACCAACUCUAAUAAAAAAAUUAAUCACCUUAAUACAAUAAAUAAAAACUAAUAAAAAUUGUAUUUAAUUAAUUUCUAACUUAAUGUAUAUCCUUAGUUAAUUAUAAGUUGUAAUUGAUGGAGUAGAUUUAUAAGGAAUUUGUUUAUAAAAUACAGAUUUAGGCCAGUUAAAUUUAUUUAAAUGUGAUUUAUCUGGUUCUGAAUUUCUUAAUGUUAGAAUAGAUGCGUGCAACUUUAAUUGUUCAAUCUUAAAUUGUGUUAGAUGGUAUGAUACAAUAUGUUCAGAGAUUCCAGACAUUAAUCUAUCAUAAAAAACAAUAAUUUAUGUUACUUUAUCAAGUAAUAAUCAAAUAUUAGCUUGUGGGUCAAAUGAAGGAGAACUCAUUCUUUUAAAUAUGAAUAAUCGGGAAACAAUUAAAACAUUUAAAGAAAACUCUGAAAUGAUUGAGAAAAUUGUAUUUUCAAUAAAUAAUAAUUAUUUAGCAGCUUUGUAAAAUUAAUUAAUUAUAAUUUUAAAUACUACUUAAGUUGACAAUCCAAUAAAAUAACAUUUAAUAGAAUUAGCUAGACCUCAUCGGAAAUAGUCAAUAACGUUUACGAUAGAUUCAUAAUUUCUUUGUUAUAAUUGUUAACAUUUUUUAUUUCUUUGGGAUAUUAAAAAAUAAUAUUAAGAAUAAAUAUAAUUGAAUUAAGAAAGCAAAAUUGAAUAACUUUGCUAUUCACCUGAUGGAAAAUGGCUAGCCAUAGCUUUCUAAAAUAAAUUUAAGUUGCUAGAAAUUUCAGAAUUAAAUACUGUUCAAUAAGAUAUAAUUUAAGAUAUCGAAGCUUAAUAAAUUUGCUAAUUAGAGUUUGCCAAAAAUGGUAAUAUUUUAUUUUUAAGAGAUAAAGAAUUCUAUUUUUAGUUUUGGGACGUUACUAUAAAAAAAAACAUUAAAUUAAUCAAAAGAAUUCCUGUUAAUAAAUAUGCUAAAGCUUUUUAUUUUUCUCCCAAUUUUGAUUAUUUUAUUCAAUAAAUUCCUUAAAAAGAUUCUUUUGAUUCCAAAAAGUAUUAAUUUGAAAAGUUAGAAUUAUUUAGAGAUAUUAAAGCUACUUCUAAAUGGCCAAUAAAGAUAAAAACAGAAAUUUAAUAAUUUAUUCUUAGUCCAGAUGGUAAUCUCAUAUAUAUUGCACUUACUAAUCAAAUCUUUGUCUAUAAUAUUUAAUAUUCAACAUAAAAAGAAAUAUUAAAAAAAGUAGAAAAUAAUAUAGAAAUAAUCUAAUUAUCUUAUGAUGGUCAUUUUUUAGCUAUAGGAUUAAAAAAUGGAAAUAUUUUGUUAUGGAAUACAAUUUACAAUAAAUAAAUAUCAAUCAUAGAAGAAUCAUAAAGAAUUACAGACUUAAAAUUUUCAAAAAACAAUAAAUAUUUAUCAGCAUGCUCUAAUUAAACUUCAUCUUUUUGGAAUAUUGAGGAUAAAAGUAAUAUUAUUUCUAUUAAUAAAUUUCCAAAUAGGAAUAAAAACAUGCAACAAGAACUACAUAUUUCUUCAAAAGAUGAUUUUAUCAUUUUUUUGCUCAAAUAAGAAAGAAUGUUGCUUAUUUAUGAUUUACUGAAUAACAUAUAUAUAGAUACAAAAUUAUAUGGUAUAAAUUGUUGUGAUUUUCAUCCAAUAGAUGGUGUAUUUGCAUUUGCAUCUCUUUUUAUUGAAUUUGCUACUGUUAAAAAUGGAAAAGUCAAAUAACUUUAUUAAAUUAAUCUAGAAUGUAUAACUUUCAUCUAAUUUUUAUCUAAUGGAGAUUAUUUAGCUUGCAUAAAUAAUAAGUCUUCAUCUUUAUAUAUUUUUAAUACAAGGAAUUUAAAAAAUGAAAAUUGUUUUCCAUUAUAUUAUUUUGAAAGAAUAUCAAGCACAUAGGGGAUUGCUAGAUUAGCCUUAUCAACUAAUUCAUUUGUAAGUAUUUUUUAACUUGAAAAUAGAGAGUUUAUAAUAAAUAACCUUUCAGAGUUUAUUAUGAGCACUUAAGAUAAUUUAAAAGUUUUUUAAUUUAACACCUUUGCUAUUAGUGAUUAAUUAUUUGUAACUUUAGUCGAUGAUAACCUUUAAUUUUAUUAAUUAGGUUAAUUAGAAAAAGUGAAUGAAAUCUAAAUUGAAGAAUUAAAAUUUUGCAAAAAGCUAAAAUUUUCUAUUGAUAAUAAAUAUUUGAUGGGAGUUCAAGAAAGUUAAAUAAUAUUAAUUGAUAUAGAAGAUAUGUAUUCUACAUAAAAAUAUUUCAUUAAAGUUGUUGGUAUUCAAGACAGUUAUUUUCUUUAAAACAACUCUAUUGCAAUAUUGUUAUAUGAUGUCAUUUAAAUAUGGAAAAGUAAUAAGCAAAAUUAGAAAGAAUUAGAAUUUAGCUCUUUAAUUUAGAGUUAUGAAAAUAUUGCUUUAAAUUCAAAUGGAAAAACUAUAGCUCUAAGCGAAGACAGUUUCUUGACCUUAACUAAUUUUGAUUAAUCUAGAGUGGAAUUUAUUUCAAGUUAUCAUUUAAAGAUAAGAAAUAUAAAUGGAAUUUGUUUUAAUAAAAAAGGAGAGAUAUUUAUACAAGAUGAAUACUAGGGACGACAUAUAUUCAACAAAUAAUUCACACUAUUAUCCUCCUCGAAAGAUGAAAAAUUAUUUAAUCCUCUAGAUUUAAAAAAAGCUGUUAUUGAUGAUCCAUUUGUGUAUGGAUGUUAAUGGGUUUCUGAUGAUGUCCAUAUUGUUCUUUGUAAUAGAUAGGAUUUAUUUUUAUUUAGCAAGUAAAAUUUGAAUUCACCAACUUAGACUUUUAAUGGAAUAGAAGGUUUCUCCAUAUAGUAAAAUUAUUUAGUUAUGUUUGAUUAAUAAAAAAUUAAAAUAUAUGACAUAUCCUCAAAUAUCCACUUAAAUACUUUACAACUUGAAGUAAAAAAUCUUUAUUUAUCUAAUGAUACAGAUACUUUAUUAUCAUGUUAAGAUAAUUCAAUUAUAAAAGUCUUCAAUAUCAAAACUUAUAAAUAGAACAAUAUUAAUCGUAAUUUAGAUAAAGAAAUUAUUAAUUAUUGUAAUUUUUCCCUUGAUAGUUAAACAUUAUUUUAUAAAACUAAUAAAGGAUAAAAUAUUUUAAAUAUUUAUGAAAAUCAUAUAGAAUAGUUAAAUAAUGACUAUUCUAUAUUAUUAUUUUCUUUAGAUAGAACUCUUGUUUUAUGCAAAGAAAAAAGGGGAUACGUAGUUUAUGAUUCAUAGUUUAAAAUAAUAAGUACUUUAAAUAUAAACUUUAACAAAGAGCUCGAUUUAGAGUAUUGUAAAUUAACAAAAGAAUAUUUAUUUGUGACUGGUUCAGAAAGUUGGGCAAUUUGUAUUAAAAAUAAUCAAAAUAAUUUAAAAUAAGGAAAAUGGUUAUAAAUAGAAUCAAAUUUUAAACAAUCUAACUCAGAAACAAAAAUUUGUGUUUGGGAUGACAAAUAUUCCUCUAUUACGAUUUAUUCUUUACCUGAAAUGUAUAGAAUAAUAUUUAACUAUUAAAUAAACUAAAAUAAAAUUUUAGAUGUAUCUUUUUCAAUGGAUGAUAGUGUCAUAGCUAUCGGAUUUAAAGAAAGAAUUGAAUUUAUAAAUAUAGAAACCUAAACAUUAAUGAAUAUAUGGGAAGAAAUAAAUAUUCUAUAAAUCGAUUUUACUUCAAAUUAUUUUAUAAUUAGAAAUUCUUAACAAAUAGACUUUUGGUAAAGAGAAUCUUUUAACAAUCGUCUUCUGAUUAAAUCUCUAGAUUCCCAAAAUUGUGUUAAACAUUAAGUCUCAAAAGAUGGAACUCAUCUUAUUUAAAUUUAUGCUUCUGAUAUUAAAAUUUGGAAACUUACUAAUUUUGAAAUGGUUAAAGAGCUAAGCUUGAAUUCUUUUUGUAUUAUAAAAUAAGUUAUUAUAUCACCUGAUAAUUAGAAAUUAUGUGUAACUAAUACUAAGUAUAAAAAAGAAAAUGUUUACUAUUUUUCUUUGUAUUUCAUAUAUGAAGAAUAUAAAAAGUUUUAAUCAGACAUUCCAAAUUCAGAAAUAGCACCUUGUUUUAGUAAUGAUAGUAGAUUAUUAUUUGUGAUUUUGGAUCAUAAUAUUUAUUAUCUUCCUGUAUUGUAUGACUGUAAAAUACUAAAAAAGAUUAAUCAUUCUGAUUUAUUAUUUGAAGAUUAAAAUUAAGUAUAAUUAAUAGAAAAAAAUAGCUAAUUUGAAAUCAAUUUGAUUUCUUAUAAUUAAAACUAUUUAAUUAUUCUAAAAAAAGAAAGUAAUAAAUCUACCUAAAAAUAUUAUCUUACAAAACUGGAAGGAGCAAUUGAUUUUACUAGUGCAUCUUAAUUAAGAAUUGAUAGUCAUUAUUUUUCAGUUUCUGAGGAUUUAAAAUAUUUAUUAUUAGAAGACAUUGUCAAUCGUGAAUUUUAAUUAUGGGAUCUAUAAAAAUUGUCUUUAAUUAAAUAAUUUGGUGAAUUUGGUUAUAAACAUCAUUGCUUUUCAAAAUCUAGUGUUUUUUUAUCAAGUCUUAAUUCUUAUAAAAAAGAUAUGGAAAUUAUUGUUUUAAAAGACCUAAAAAGCAAAUUUAUAAAAUAUCAAAAUUACUCUCAGAUAAAAAGUCUAAAAUUUUCAAAUGAAGAAGAAAUACUUAUUUCUGGACAUGAUGAUGGCACAGUUCGAUUUUGGAAUGUUAGGAUGAAAAUACAAUUAUUUUUGAUUAAAACUAGCACUACCGAGGUUUCUUUCAUUGAUUUAUCUCCUGAUAAUCUAUGGUUAGCUGUAAUUACCGAUAGAAUGCAUAUUUAUAAAUUUUCAAAAUGCAAACUAUGCUUAAAUUAAUUGCUAAAAUAAUAGAGUGAAUUAGAGGAGACAGAAAAAAUAAAAAAUUAAAUGAGUCGUGAGAAUUCGAAUUAAAGAACAAGAAAUAAUAGAUAAAAUUUUUUAAACUAACUAUUCAGUAGUGAAAUAGAAGUUGAUAUUUAAUAAUUAGAUUAUGACAAUCAAUAAUAAUAUUUAGAUAAUCAAUAAUUAGAUUCAGACAAUCAAUAAUAAUAUUUAGACAAUCAAUAAUAAAAUUUAGACAGUCAAUAAUCAGAUUUAGACAAUUAUUAAUAAGAUUAAGACUAAAAUAUCAAUUCUGAUAUAGAAGUUAAUUAUCCAAUAUGUUGGAGAACAUAACCAUUUCUAGAAUUCGUUCAGGCAGAAUAAUGCUUCUUAUUUGAGGCUGAAAUAAUGGAUAAUCAAGGCCACACAUUGAAUGAAUUAUUCUUUUAGAAAGGAGCUGUAAGAGAAUAGGAAAGAAAUGAAUGA